AUGUUCCGAGCAAGCUCUGGGACGCUUCUAGGCGGUUCAAUCGAAGACUGGACGACGCUGCGUGAGCUCACCGAACAUUCGAUCCUCCAGAACAACCUUGAAACCGCGGAAUUUCAAGCUGAGCUGUUGAGCAGCCUGUGCGGCGCGAUGCGCGACGACCAUCGCGCCCGACUCGAUUCGGCUUACCUCUACGGAUACGUGCUGUACUUGCGCGGAAAGUACACGCAGGCGGCUUUGGCCGUACGGACACACCGCGAUGAGAGCUUUGGCUGCUGCUACGUGCUGGCACGUUGCGCACUGCAGCUCGACGAAGAGCGCUGCAGCGAGACCCUGCGCAGCCUAGUUGCACACGCGGAUCGCAUGGCUCUGAAUGGCAGCGGAGCUGUCAGCGAGGCACUUUGUGGCAUGCCUGAUGAGGCCACGCUCCACGCGGUUCUAGGCCAUCUCUAUCACAAACUCGAGCGCUUUGAAGAGAGCAGCGUGUCGCACGCACGCGCAUUGGCGCUCAACCCAUAUCUUUGGGAGUCGCUUCGUGCCCUCUGCGACAUGCGUGCCGGGUUCAGCGUUGGAAAAUUGUAUCGCAAGCGUCGGGAUCCGCCUCCAACUGGCCAUCACAUAAAGCUCAGACGCGGUCUUGUCGGCAAACCUCACACCCCCUUCAAAGUCCCUGGAACAGAUGCCAAGAAAAAACAAGCAAACGGGCAGCAAUUACAACAACCAUUUGUGCGAAACAGAUCCAUCCCCACCAGCUCUUUACUCAAAUCAACAGGCAUGGCUUCGGCGGCGCCUACUGCCACGCCUACAAAUGCAUUCUCGCGUCCCCGGCUAUUGACCACGCCUCCUUCCAAAUUUAUGAAUACCGAUAAAUCUGUCACACCUGAACACCUGGGAGCACCCUCGACUUUUGGUGGGCCAAAUCUCAACUUUCAACUUGAUGGAAUCUUCUUUGCACUUGCGAAAUCCUACAAGUCUGCAUGCAAAUAUGAUUGUUAUAAAGCUAUACGUAUUUUGAACGAGGAACUCCCCAAGGAUGUUCUCGAAACCAUGCCCUUCGUUCUGGCCAACCUAGGUAAAUUGCAUUUCGAAGUGGUGAAUUACGAGAUGGCCAGAAAGUACUUCACCACUUUGCGGGACAUUCAACCCGCGCGUCUAACAGAUAUGGAGAUAUUUUCAACUCUUUUAUGGCAUCUUCACGAUCAAGUUGGAUUGUCUAAUCUGUGUCACGAACUACUCGAUAUCGAUCGUCUUGCGCCUGAAACAUGGUGUUGCAUUGGGAACCUUUUUUCCCUUAAUAAGGAUCACGAAGAAUCUAUUAAAGCAUUUCAACGGGCUACGCAACUCAAUUCCAAGUUCACUUACGCAUAUACACUUCAAGGUCAUGAGUACGCUAGUAAUGAUGCUUUCGAUACCGCAAAGACAUGCUAUCGGAAGGCGCUUGCCACCAAUUCACAACACUAUAAUGCGUAUUAUGGUUUAGGGAUGUGCUGCCUAAAACUCGGCCAAUAUGAAGAAUGCCUUUUACACUUUGAAAAAGCGCGUAGUAUCAAUCCAGUCAAUGUGAUUCUCAUAUGUUGCUGUGGGGUUGCAUUAGAAAAGCUAAAUCACCAGGAAAAAGCUCUUCAAUAUUAUGAGUUGGCAUGUGAGCUUCAGCCAAUGUCUUCCCUUUCACUCUUCAAGAAGGCCCAGUUAUUACUCGCGAUGGGUAAAUACAACUCUGCGUUAGAGAAUUUUGAAAAGCUUGUAUCGUUGGCUCCAGAUGAAGCGACAGUGCAUUUCUUACUCGGCCAAUUGUACCAGAUUGUCGGUAGGAAACAAGAAGCAGUGAAGGAGCUUACAAUAGCAAUGAACUUGGACCCGAAGGGCAAUCAAUUGAUCAAGUCUGCAUUGGAGAAGUGUCAUCAGCAAGAUUGA